AUAGAGCAAGGGCAAAGCUGACAGGCAAAGAGAACAGAUAACACCAUUUGGAUCAGAUCACUACCUUCAAGAGCUUAAACAGAAGUCGGAGAAAGAUUUUGAUACAGACGCCAAGAAAACUGAAGGUUAAAGAGGCUCUCUUCAAGGUAAGAAGAAACACCGCCACGACAAUGUCUGCGUUUGAGGCCCAGGAACAGUCUCCUCCACGUUGCGGCCCUCAGUUUCCGAGCCUCGGCCAGGAGCCCCCUGAACUCAGCAUGUACAGUGACUGUUACUACCCUCCGCCAUCCCUGCCAAGUCCUCAGCGCACCACACCGACCUCCUAUGAGCUGGGUGACUUCAGCACCACGUCCCCAAACCCUUACCUUUGGUUCAACGGCCCCGGGCUCAACACACCAUCGUACCUGACUUCCAACGGUCCACCCGGGAACCCGGGCCCUCCCUUCGUCCCGCAGCACUAUGGCAUGCAGAGGCCUUACCUGGGCUCAGCUGGAGCAGGAGGCCCAGGAGGGGAGUUGAGCUGGUUCUCCCUCCCCUCACAAGAAGACUUGAUGAAGCUCGUCAGGCCGCCUUAUUCUUACUCGGCUCUCAUCGCCAUGGCUAUCCACGGAGCACCCGACCGUCGGCUGACCCUGAGUCAGAUAUAUCAGUAUGUUGCAGACAACUUUCCUUUCUACAACAAGAGUAAAGCAGGAUGGCAGAAUUCCAUCAGACACAACCUGUCGCUAAAUGACUGCUUCAAAAAAGUACCAAGAGAUGAAGACGAUCCAGGCAAGGGCAACUACUGGACACUCGAUCCAAACUGUGAAAAGAUGUUCGACAAUGGAAACUUCCGCCGCAAAAGGAAGAGAAAGUCUGACUCCCUCUCUGGAGUCGACGGUAGUUCAGGAGCCGCAGAGUCAGGUGAAAGUGAGAGGGGCAGCCCCAAACACUCUGCCAACUCUUCCCUUAACAUCUCCCAAACGCCAGACAGAAUUCCUUCACCAUCAUCAUCCAGUGCUGCACCUUGUCUGAGCAGCUUCCUGUCUGAGAUGUCUGGAGUGUCCGGUGGAUCACCCAAUGAUGUGGGAGGUGAUGCAUUGAGCAGACCCCUGCAGGUCAACCUCCCUAUCGAUGGGCCACACAGGCUUCCACAGGCUGCGAGUUUUAAUAGCUACUCUCCAAACUCUGCUGGGCGAGAGUGGCUUCCACAGGUGCAAGCGCCCCCUAUGCUCUCCUCUUCACCCACCCACUCUUCACUAGGGUACACUAGUCCCAUCCUCAGCCAGUAUAGUACGUCCUUCUAUCCCCCGCUGGGCUCAACAGGAAUCAUCUAUCAACGCGAGGGCACUGAAGUGUAAUUUUACAAUGAACUGAUUGGUAUAGACGAGACAUUUCACAGAAAUUAGUUUUGUUUUGCAGUAGACAUUAGUUGUCACUUUGAGAGGCUAACACACGCACACACACACACACACACACACACUAAGCAUGUUUGCGCUGACAGAGACAGUUGAGGUCACAAAAGCAUGUGACAACAGAUUUAAAAACCUUAGAUUCCCACAGAAACAUCCGAGUCAGCAGCAAAGAGCAGAAACUGUCUGAAACUACCAAAUCCAGAGUCAGCUUUUAUCCCUACCAAAGCUUGUCUCUAUCAGAGCUGAGUCAUUCUUAACUGAUCUGAGAUCUGAUCUGCUGACAUCGGUCUGUUCCGCUCUACUCUCUGUGAUUCCCUGAUGGUAUCACAUAAAUACAACGUCCAGACAGCAGUUUAGAUGAGCGGUUAAAUUACAGCUUUGUCUACAUAUUAUAUUCAUGUGAACCAUUACUGUUUUGUUUUGUUGUCUCCUAAAUCUGAUCUGAUGAUCUUCCGGAGUCAUAUAGAUGGUCUUUGUAAAUAUGUCUAUGUGUCUUUUAAUCUGAAUCCUUUGUAUAAUUUGGUUGUUAUUACACAUUCUAAUGUAUUCUUAAUGUAAGGUAAAUGUUAUGUUGUCCUUUUGAUAUGAAUAAAAUACUUUUGACAGUU